AUGGCCUCCGACAUAUCAUUUGAUGACCUCAAAAACGAGAAUGUGGAUCUUGAACACAUUCCUGUUGAGGAGGUUUUCAAGCAGCUGAAAUGUACGAGAGAGGGUCUUACAUCUGAAGAAGGAGAGAAGAGGCUCCAAAUAUUUGGCCCCAAUAAGCUAGAGGAGAAAAAAGAUAGCAAGUUGCGUAAGUUCUUGGGUUUUAUGUGGAAUCCACUUUCAUGGGUCAUGGAGGCUGCUGCUAUCAUGGCCAUUGUAUUAGCCAACGGAGGGGGUAAGCCACCGGAUUGGCAAGAUUUCGUUGGUAUUGUCGUGUUGCUCUUCAUCAACUCAACCAUUAGUUUCAUUGAGGAGAACAACGCAGGCAAUGCCGCAGCAGCUUUGAUGGCUGGUCUUGCACCCAAAACCAAGGUGUUGAGGGAUGGAAAAUGGAGCGAGGAGGAGGCAGCAAUUUUGGUGCCAGGAGACUUGAUCAGCAUCAAGUUGGGAGAUAUUGUCCCAGCUGAUGCCCGUCUAUUGGAGGGAGAUCCCCUUAAGAUAGAUCAGUCCGCCCUCACUGGUGAGUCCUUGCCAGUCACCAAGCACCCUGGUAGUGAGGUCUUCUCUGGUUCCACUUGCAAACAAGGUGAGAUAGAAGCUGUUGUAAUUGCCACUGGUGUCCACACCUUCUUUGGCAAGGCUGCACAUCUUGUGGAUAGCACCAACAAUGUUGGUCACUUCCAGAAGGUGUUGACCGCCAUUGGAAACUUCUGUAUCUGCUCAAUUGCGGUAGGAAUGUUGAUUGAGAUUAUUGUGAUGUACCCCAUCCAGGAAAGGUCUUACAGAGAUGGUAUUGAUAAUUUGUUGGUUAUUCUCAUCGGAGGUAUCCCAAUUGCCAUGCCAACGGUCUUGUCUGUCACCAUGGCCAUUGGGUCUCACCGUUUGUCUGAACAAGGAGCCAUCACCAAGAGGAUGACAGCAAUUGAAGAAAUGGCUGGCAUGGAUGUUCUCUGCAGUGACAAGACUGGAACUCUAACUCUUAACAAGCUCACUGUGGACAAGAACUUGAUUGAGGUGUUCCCCACUGGCAUGGACAAGGAUACCCUUGUCUUGUAUGCUGCCAGGGCUUCUAGGACUGAAAAUCAAGAUGCCAUCGAUGCUUCAAUCGUUGGAAUGUUGGGUGACCCCAAGGAGGCAAGAGCAGGAAUCACUGAGGUGCAUUUCUUGCCCUUCAAUCCUGUGGACAAGCGAACAGCUAUAACCUACAUUGAUGAUCAAGGCAAUUGGCACAGAAGCAGCAAGGGUGCCCCUGAGCAAAUUAUUGAGCUUUGUAGACUCACGGGAGGGGUUUUGAAAAAGGCCCAUCAAGUCAUUGAUGAGUAUGCUAACCGUGGUCUGCGUUCACUGGGUGUCUCACGCCAGACUGUUUCAGAAAAGAGCAAGGAGAGUGAAGGAGACUCAUGGGAGUUCUUGGGUCUCUUGCCCCUCUUUGACCCUCCAAGGCACGAUAGUGCUGAGACCAUUCGACGUGCUCUUGACCUUGGAGUCAAUGUUAAGAUGAUCACUGGUGAUCAACUUGCCAUUGGAAAAGAAACCGGUCGCAGACUUGGAAUGGGCACCAACAUGUACCCUUCAUCGUCCCUUCUUGGUGACAGCAAGGACCCAGCCAUUGCAUCAAUCCCAGUUGAUGAACUCAUUGAGAAGGCUGAUGGAUUUGCCGGAGUCUUCCCUGAGCACAAGUAUGAGAUUGUGAAGAGGUUGCAAGAUAGAAAACAUAUUUGUGGAAUGACUGGAGAUGGUGUUAAUGAUGCCCCAGCACUGAAGAAGGCAGACAUUGGUAUUGCAGUGGCUGAUGCCACUGACGCUGCCAGAAGUGCCUCAGACAUUGUUCUGACUGAGCCCGGACUCAGUGUUAUCGUGAGUGCUGUGUUGACCAGCCGAGCCAUCUUCCAGAGGAUGAAAAAUUACACAAUUUACGCUGUUUCCAUCACCAUCCGUAUUGUGUUUGGAUUCAUGCUUGUUGCUCUAAUCUGGAAGUUUGACUUCUCCCCUUUCAUGGUCCUCAUCAUCGCUAUAUUGAACGAUGGAACCAUCAUGACCAUCUCCCAGGAUAGGGUCAAGCCUUCUCCUCUUCCUGACUCAUGGAAGCUGAAAGAAAUCUUCGCCACUGGAAUUGUUCUUGGAGCUUACAUGGCUAUCAUCACUGUUGUCUUCUUCUUUUUGGUUCAUGACACCAAUUUCUUCCCUAGAACCUUUGGUGUCAAGCCAAUUGUAGACAGUGAGGAGCAGCUUAACUCAGCUCUCUACCUUCAAGUGAGCAUUAUUAGCCAAGCACUCAUCUUUGUUAGCAGGUCAAGGGGCUGGUCUUAUUUUGAACGCCCUGGCAUUUUGCUUAUCAUAGCCUUCCUUGCUGCACAAUUGGUGGCCACUGUGAUUGCUGUGUAUGCACACUGGGACUUUGCCAGGAUCAAAGGAGUUGGUUGGGGAUGGGCAGGAGCAAUCUGGGUCUUCAGCAUUGUGACCUACAUUCCUCUUGACAUCCUCAAGUUCCUCAUCCGUUUGGGAUUAUCAGGCAGGGCUUGGGACAACAUGCUUGAUAACAAGACUGCCUUCACUACCAAGAAGGACUAUGGAAAGGCAGAAAGGGAAGCUCAAUGGGCCGUGGCUCAGCGCACACUUCAUGGUCUCCAAGUUGGAGAAUCCAAGGCCAACCAACACGAGCAGCCUGAACUUGCGGAGCAAGCUAGAAGACGUGCUGAGGCUGCCAGGUUGAAGGAGCUCCACACACUUAAGGGACAUGUUGAAUCUGUGGUGAAGUUGAAGGGUAUUGAUAUUGAUACCAUCCAGCAACACUACACUGUCUAA